AUGGCUGAGGCAAAGAAGAAUACGGAAAUGCUCUACCGUAAAGUGGAUAAUUCAGGACCUUUAUGUUUCUGUAAUCUCGCUGGUGAGGGGGUGGCUGACCCAACUUUUGCGCUGAUGUCAUCUGCAGCUUUGGCAGACCACGUAAUAAAUGAAGCUAACCCUAUUAGAGGGGACUCUGCAAUGCAUGAAGAAGGCCUAUGGACGUGGGCAUCAAUUUCUUCGAUACGGCGGAGAGGUAAGGAUAUUUUGGUGCUGUAA